AUGCAUAUGGUGCGCACCCUUUCGUUGUUGAGCCUCCUCCUCUCGUGGUCGAGUAUCAUAUUGGCUGCGGAGCUGCAAGGAUAUAUACAGUGGAAUAAACUGUGUCCUAACUACGAUGCGCUUUCAUCCGCCAAGGUUCUUCUCGAUGCAGGAAAGAUGUCAGGACGCGUGACACGGAAUGGAAACUUUUCAAUACCAGAUGUUCCCCAAGGGACAUAUGUUCUCUCUGUACUAUCCCGUGAUUAUUCGUUUGACCACGUUCGGAUAGAUGUCUCUCCUUCUGAACCUCUGCCAGAAGUCCGGCCGUACAUAUUCGGCACUCCUCUCCUUACGACGGCCUCCUUUAACCUUCCUUACCCAAUUGUGCUGACUCCCCGUCACAAGAACAGAUACUUCUCGCCGCACGAAUCCUUCAAUCUCCUGGGGAUGUUCCAGAGUCCAAUGAUGAUGAUCAUGGUAUUGACUGGCGUGAUGAUGCUAGCAAUGCCCUACAUCAUGAAACAAUUGGACCCAGAAACACUUGACGGACUGAAAGGACAGCAAGGGAAGGCUGAGAAGUCCAUCCAAAGUGGUGAUCCCAGAGGGCUAUCUGCUCUUCUUUCUGCAAAUUCUGCUGGCGAGGAAUCGAAAGCAAACACGCCUGUUGUAAAGUCCAAUGCAGGCCCUUCAACGCUUCAACAACGGAAAGGUGGUAAAGGCAAUAAACGCCGAUGA